AUUUUCUGUGUUGCUUCCGAAUUUUUUUGCUUCUGAUAUCCUUUGUCUAAUCCAGUGCAGACCUCUCGGUAAUGUAUAUCGCCAACCGGAUUAUCAGUUGACCAGCAGGCUGAACCGUCUACAUAAGGGCAGCGGGAGACGAAUCCCUGACUCGACAGUAGACUUCCAUCAUACCGAGCCUGUGCUGAGCAGGCAGUUACUGGGAUGUCCACGCCCACACCUGACACGUUCAAAGUCUUGCUCGGAAAGCUUAUCAAGACGCCUGAAUUGUUCACCGCUAGUGACCUCAAAGUUGCUUUGAACCAUCUUUUCACUCCCGAUGCCGUUCUACCCGCGCAGAUCGGCGCCUUCUUACUUGCGUUACGCAAUGCACGGGUGGAAAGAAAGCCAGAGAAUCUCGCUGCCGCUGCUGACGCCUUGCGCUCCUACGCAGUCGAAACCGCUCUCGAAGACGGGGAUAAAGAUUUCGUAGUCGAUAUCGUAGGCACUGGUGGAGACGGACACAACACGUUCAACGUUAGCACAACCGCAGCGAUCGUUGCCGCAGGCGCAGGCGCUCGUGUUGUCAAACACGGCAACAGAGCUUCGACUUCGUCAUCGGGGUCAGCAGAUCUCUUGGAACGCCUAGAUUGUCUAUUCGUACCCCCUACACCCGGGACCGUCGUCCCAAUCUCACGGGCCCCUUUUACAUUCAUUCUAGCACCUCAUUAUCAUCCAUCACUUGCAACGCUUGCGCCCUACCGAAGGGCUCUUCCUUUCCGCACGCUCUUUAAUGUCCUAGGUCCACUCAUCAAUCCUGCACGGCCCAAAGGCAUGGUUCUCGGUGUGGCUGAACGCGAACUCGGCCUUCCGUUUGCCAAAUCCUUACUUGAUGGCGGUGUCAAGCGUGCGCUUGUUGUGUGUGGUGCAGAGAAUCUCGACGAGAUCAGCUGUGCAGGUGACUCAUGGGCGUGGGAGCUCAGGGACGGGCAGAUUACCGAGGGGAAGCUGCACCCCGAGCAGUUCGGGUUACCUGUGCACCCUCUCACAACAGUGGCAGGGGGGACAGCCGCUGAGAACGCAGAGACACUCAAAGCACUGUUGAGGUCCGGCGAGGACAUACCAGAGCAUUUGACACCCAUUUUGCACUUUGUGAUGCUGAACGCGUCGGCGCUUCUGGUGGUUGCCGGUCUGGCAAAGGAUUACAAGCACGGUGUUAGGCUUGCCUUGGAGAGUAUGACGUCGGGAGCAGCUUGGAAGGCCUUGGAGGCAUUCCGCGACGCUGGAAGGCUUGCAUUGAGCAAGGUCGAGUCUCAGAGGGAAUGAUAUGCAUUCACAUGUCAGAAUAAUGUUGUACAAGGUGGUGUUUCCGGCGUCCGCCACCAGCAGAUUGAUAAGUGGUCUAUUUACUGUAACGUGCAGAUGUGCGAAGAAACGAGCACAUUGCUUGUCACCCUGCUGGUGUUAUGCAAGUGCUUCUUCCAACCAUCCUCACAGCGGCCUCGCAGUGUGCGAGUGAGUUGUAAACUCCGUAACU